CACACAUCCAAGCUUAAAGGUUGUGCUCCAAACCCCUCCCAUUUCAUUAUAUCAAUAAACAAAACUCAAAGGACAGUUUUCAGCACAGUCACACAAGGUGAAGGAUGUCUACCCUUAAACAGAAGCCUAGAACAGAACGGGACAAAUUUAUAGAUGCUAUUGUGAAAGUGACUGAAGAGGCCAGCAAGAAAUCCGCUGAAGAAUUGCUGUUUCUUUAUAAAGGGGUUUUAUACCCCAUUUACAUCUGCAGUGAGGCGACCUUCCAAGCUGUGCAAUCACUGGAAGCCAGGGAAGAUGAUAUGUUCAUUGCAACUUACCCAAAAUGUGGUGAGUGAUUAAAAUACAAAGUUUUUGGAAAGUUGAGGAAGGUUAUUUAAUCAGGUUAUCUUAUUAGGUGGGAUCAAUAAUUUUUGAAGGACGUUCCAUCAAUCCUAUAUAAUUAAUGAAUGAAUUAGCACCCGGCUUAUUUAUAUAAUAAUUCUGCGAACACAAGGAAACAAAUAUGGUAUAUGUAUGCAUCAAUGCAGUGGGGUAAGGGUUAAGAUUAAUUACAGCAAAAAUAAAUAGAACUGAUUUACACCACACUGAACUUUUAUCUUUUUUUUUUUUCAACUUGACAAUUUUUAUUCGUUUUUGGAAUACAGAAGGAAAAAAAAAGGGGGAGGGGAGAAGCUGUUGGUACAUUAUCAAAGACUUCUCAACAGUACAAUAAAUGCAUUUGUCACACCUUUGGUUCAUGUUAUUUUUUUUUUUUUUUGGGAUACAGAAGAGAGAUAGGGUAAGGAGGGGAACAACAAUCACAUCUUCACUUUGUUUGAGUUCAACUUGUCAUUAAUUAUGUUAUACACCUUAGGCGUCAAUGGCCUUUUUGGUGAACGACCUUUCGUGUGCAGGGGGGGAGGGGAGCGGGGGAAGGAGGGGUACAGCAAGAAAUUGGGAGUUAGGGGAGGGGUAUGAGGGGAGCAGACACGAUCUGUUUACUUGUUUUAUUUCCUAGUUGUAUUAAUAAUCAGUGUCACCUAUUUGACCUGUUUUCUUUUAUUUAUUUAUUUAUUUUUAUAUUUUAUUUUUUUCUAUUAUCGUUGGCAUCUAACGUCUCCAAGGUCUCUGUGACCUUUCUCUUUUGUCUAUUGUUUAACUUUUGUGAUCCCUCCUCUCUUUCCUUGUGGUCGUGGUCAUGCAUAGAGACCACCUCUGUUCGUGUCCAUAAAACUAAAACUAUGUACGUGUGGGUGAACAAUCCCGGUGCAGGUGGCUGUCUCCUCCUUCUCUAACUAUUGUGGUACCAUUUCACUGUGGGGGUGUUUCAUUUUGUGUCAAGAACUAGUCCUUCUAUUUUUUUUUUUUUUCCUCUCUCCCUACUCCCUCUCCACCCCCCAUCGCAGUUACCCACUUUGUGUGGGCCAAGAUGGCGUAUUUGUUGGUUGGGUUUUGUCUGUUCAGUCCCCUUUCAUACACCAAAUUCGUGGUUAUUUGCUGAAGUAGGGCCUCCCUAGUGGGUGCUUGCGUUUGUUUCCACACCCUAGCUAUUAGGGUGCUGGCCGCUGCUAGAAUAUGAAACAGUAACCGGGAGUUUGUUGUAUUGUGUUCUUCUAAACCCAUGAACAAGAGUCCACAUUCUGGUGUUAUUGUGACCUCACUACCUAGUGCCCUUGUCGCUAUUUCUUCCACCUCCCCCCAGUAUUUGGCUAUGCUUGUGCAUUUCCACCAUAUGUGGUACAUCGUUCCCUUCUCUUCUCUGCAUCUCCAGCAUAUGUUGGAAGAGUUCGGGUAGAUUUUUGCCAACCUCUCAGGCACCAUGUACCAGCGGUACUGUAUUUUGAGCAUCUGCUCCAAGUGAGACGCACAGUUCGUCCUCUUCUUGUGUGCCAAAACUGCUUUUCCUCAUUGUUGUUCAGUAAAGGUUUUCCCUAUGUCUGUCUGCCAUGCUGUUUUAAACUUGUCUAGGGUAUUUGUAGGUUGCUGGAUUAACAGGUUGUAUAGGGUGGUAUUAGCCUCCUGGGCUGUUUUGUGGCUUCACAUAGUUGUUCAAUGCGUCGUGCAGUGGCUGUUUCAGUGACAUUUUGAGAUCCUUGGAUCAUGGAUUUCACUUGGAGGUAUUGGAAAAUGGUGUUGUGCGGAAGUGUGUAUCUAUGUUGUAAGUCUGGGAAGUUGGCUAGUUUGCCUUUGUCAUACAGCUGGCUAAUCAUUGUGCAUCCCUGUUUAAUCCAUGGGCGGUAAUCAAAGGUGGGGUUCACUAAGUGCAGACUGUACAGGGGGGUCGCUCGUGCCCACUCUGUGGUGCAUCCCCAUUUUGACCUGAAAGUGUCCCAUUUUUUAAUAAGAGUUGUGUAGUAAGCGGCACAUCUUGGUGCACCUUCCUUUGUGUAUCCAGAAUAGAUAACUCAGGCCCCUGGGAGAUGCCCAAACAGCCUCUAUGUCCACCCACUGUGGCACCUCCUCCUUUGCGUGGGCCUGUAUGACCGUGGUCAGGAUAGCCGCUUUGUAAUAUUGUUUUAUGUCUGGCAUCCCCAAGCCCCCUUGCACCUGUGGUUUGCUCAGUACUUUAGCUGCCACCCUGGCCUUUUGGUGUGCCCAUAUGAAGCCCGUUAUGAGUUUCUGCAGUUUAUCUAGGUAUGUUUUUGGUACAUGGAUUUGUAGGGUUCUUAUCAAGUAUUGAAAUUUUGGCAACACUAUCAUUUUGACUGCGGCCAUCCUGCCCAGCCACGACAGGGAGCGUUUAUCUUUUUUUGAUGUCAGGUUUCCAAGCAUACGCUUUGCAGGGUUUGCGCUGCACUGGGAGACUACUCAAUCACAUUGGAAUACAGCCUUGCCACAUACAGUCACUCCCACACACACACACUUGACAGAGAUACCCUCAUAUCCUGUCACAUUCACCCCCUCAGCCACGUUAAAUCCCCUUACCCAGCCACAGUCACGCGUGAAGAUUUUGAUUGUCAUACACAUAUGAAACACAGGCUCACCAUACACGCAGCACACAAAGACCCCCUUAGAGAAAUCACAAUUGCUUUAAAAGUUGCGUUUUAUGCAGUACUUAUUUAACAUCUACCUUAUAGCAAUUAGAAAGGAUAGAGUUUUGAAAUUCUAUAUAAUAAGCUGCUAGCACAUGUGUUGCUAACACAGCAAGGGCUAUGCAAGAGACUGCAGCGUAUUGGGUACCACUUGCAGCCUGGGAUCCAAACCCCUCUGACAUCCUCUGCAGCCAUUUUUAUCUUCCCUAACCACUUCUCCCGCUUAGCCUCAUACAGAUGUAUGCAUUAAAACAGCUGUCUGCUCGACUCCAGUACUAAUGUUUUUUUAACCAGUGGACAAUAGAUCCAAGUAAUCAUGCACAUAAGUAAAAAGCAGAGAUUAAUACUAAAAACAGUUAUAGUACUUACGCUAAUACCUGGGCAUACCUGGAAGGCAGGUGGUGCACGGAGCGGUGGCGGGAGGCGUGAAAGGUAAGUCCUCUUAUUCGAAGUUGGCAUCUUUUGAGUUAUUUCCAUUGGGAGUGGCCGUGGCUCUAAAAGGUGAAGGAUUAAGGGACGAAAAGUCGUAAUUCACGGACAAUACGGCGGGGUUCCUGCGGUUUACCAUCCAGCCGGGUCCUCGGUUCAGGAGGUACGCCGAUGGCGGCGAUUCGUAUAACUGUGCAGGUAAUUUAAUAUCGGGUGCAGGCACACCACGUACCUGGUUGGCGGAAGGUAGGGGUUGGUUACUUGGCUCGCACACAAGGGGACAAGCUGCGAAUGGCGGCCCCAGGGGGCGCGGGAGGAGGGACAGGCUGGUCUGGAGGAAAUGUGGCAGCUCGAGACGCCAUGCUUGGAGGAUCGAUACCGAAUCCUAUGGCACCAGGCACAGGGACUGCCUAUGUGAAGGUUUGGGAUAUGUGGGAUGAGGCGGUUGGUUUCACUGAGGGGUCCCAGUCAAAGGAGGGGCGAAGGGAUACCUUGCUGUCGUUCCUAAGCCGCUUGUUCGUUCAGCGUUAGCUCCAGCGGCAAUGGACAGGAGCAUGGCGGCAUUGGCGUUAGGGUUCAAACUGACCAAUUGGGAGGAAGUGACGGAACGUUGUCACGUCCGUCAGGCAUCGCGGGUUUUAUGGAGAGGUAUGAAAUAUGUCUGUGUCGGGCGGCUGGAUUCCUUGUGUAACGCAACGCCUGGUGGUGUAUUACUCUACUUUUGCAGUGAGUUUGUUUGCGGUGGCCUUCUCGGGGGCUUGAGGCAAUUUGGAUUGGGGAGCUGGUGAGUGCCUUUCGGGCGGGUGUUGGGGGGUUCUACACUUGGUUGUCAAACUUAGUCGGUUAAGGUAACGAUUCGGUAGGGUUGCACAAGAACGGAUGUGUCUGGUAAAGGAGGUUUGGUAAAGCUAUAUUCCCUGCCGGGGUCAGGGGUAUGCCCGGCGUCAAGCGCAUCACGAUACUUGGAGCUUCGCCCGGACAUCCUGGGUGGCUUACUGGUAAAAGGGGACGGAUCUGUGCUGUCACGAUUCAAUUCCCGCAGAGGUUUGUUCGGAGGGGUUUGACAAUGUUGGGGGCCCAUUGUUCCUGGAUGAUGGCGGCGACAGAGGUGUCCCGCCUGGUUUUAAGUGAGGAUCUGGGGAAACGUUUAGGGAGGUGGGAGUCAGUAUAGUUUUAGUCCUGUUUACGGCUGGUCUAUUUGGUUUAAUGGCUAUGGACGUAUGGGUUUGUGUUUGGGGCUAUGCCUUGUCGCUAACUACUUUCGUUUCAGGUUUGGUGACAUGGUUGGUGGGCCACUCUUACAUCUAAGGGGCGCAGAAGGGAGCCGCGGUUCGGGUCAAGCGCAACUGGGCUUUCCUUUGGAAUUGGUGGAGCUGGAGUGGUUUUGGUUCUCGGGGGUUUUGGUGGCAAGGCAUUAGUGGAGAAAAUUUUCCGGAAGGUAACAAGGGGUACUGUCCAGGACAUUCUGGUAAUCCGCGAGGGUGGGAAAGAUAUCGUCUUGGUCCCGGAAAAGGAAUUGAUCAGGUGGAGGCAGAGGGAGGUAGACCGGUUAUGGGAGCGGGCCACAGGUGUGAUGGUGGUGCGGUCCGAGAUGGUUCCUCGGUUACAUUGGAGACAUACUAGGUACCCGGAUGCGGUGGCUUGGUGUUGAGGACGAGUUAAUAAAAAAUUGAUGGCGGUAUUUAUCAGAUGUGGGGGCGGUGUAACAGUGAGACACAACGAAUUGGGAGGCAAGUUCCCUGGGUACUCCAGGGGGGAUGGGGUACGUUUUCGGAUGUAAGGUGUGAUCUGUUUAAAUUGGGCCUUCAGGAAGGCAUUCAACAGGCCUUAUUCCGGUGUGGUGGGGGUUGCUCAGGAGCUUUAGGUGUCAAGUCUUGAGCUGUGGCGGGGAAUGGCCUGGUUAAAUCGGAGGGUAGAUGGAGGAGAAAGUAGGCAUCCUGAGGUUUAGUGUGGAUUGGGCAGUGUUGCACGUGGUUGGUAGGUUCGAGCCCGUCGGUGGCUCCGAACCUGGGGGUGUGGUGGUGUCUUGGUACACCCUACAUUGGAACUGGUGGGUAGCGGUGUCUUGGUACACCCCUACAAUCGAUAUGGUGGGUAGCGGUGUCUCGGUACCCCCCUACAAUUUAACCUGGUGGAAAUGUGGUCAUAUCGGGCGGCCAGUUUCUGUAUUAACAUGUUAUUUAGAUUAUCUAUUGUUAUUAUUGUGAGGUCAUUGCUAGGGGUAUGUUAUGUAUAUGGAAGGUUGUGUUAACUUUAAUAAAGAUUUGUUGGCAAUGACCCCAUUUGUUAUUCCUUAAUUAUUUUAUUAAUAAUUUAAUAAAGCUGUGGACUAAUUAUUUCCAACAGUAUAACCUGUAUCCUUGUUUUAAUGGGGGUUUGGGUAAGGUUAGCGCAUAUGCCGGCAAAUCCGACUGUGCAACUGUCAUGCAUCCACCAUUAUGUUUCUCCAACGUACAAUAACUGUGAGGCAACUUUGUCAGGAUUACAGUAUGAUCCAGCACGUAGAAUUGUGUAACACAGAGGACUGAUAGGUAACGUACCCACCAGAAUGACCUCAUGAUAGCAGAAUUGGAUUUAUUAAUACCUGGGUGACCAGCAGACAUAUUGUCAUGAAAUACCUUCAUGAUAUUAACCCUCUCCCCCAAUGGAACGAACAGUUUGUCCUGAGGUUUACCGCAGGGCGCCUGAGACUGAGCCUCCAUGAUGGAGCCAAGCAGUGGAGAGGACAAUGAAAGGACAGUGGACGCAAUGAUACAUUCCGGGGGAAUGAUAUGGGACAUUUCUUGCUCUAGUAUAUUCUCAGUAUCAAACUGCCUGGACAAGGCAUCGGCCUUGACAUUUUUAGAACCAGGUCUGUAAGUGAUAAGAAAAUUAAAGCGACAACUUUUCCUGUGUGGACAGUAAAUGUCAUUAACCACAUUUUUAUAAGCGGAUGAAUACGUGACAAACUGUAAGCAAUGUUGGAUGACCAUGGCAGUAUAUGCAGCUUAGACAUAAAGGCAGAACAUGAUCAUGUUGUGUAACCCUAAAAUUGGUAAAAAAAAAAUAACAUUUUAGAAGUGCUAGCUAAUCCUAUUCUGGUUUUGCAUUAAUCCAUUUAUGACAAAUAAUUUCCCAGAUCAAUAAUGAUUUUAAGGGAUUUCACUAACCUCUUGUUUAGCAGGGGCCUGACAUUUUAUCAAAGUAUUAUUUUCAUCUUCCCAGAGAAGGCAUAAUGAAAGCAGUUAAAUCUCCCAUUUGUAUACUAACAUCUAAUCUACUUUAACAUCUCAAGUUCCUCAUAUUUUCUGCUUUGAGUCAGACCAAAACCUGACACUAAUCCCAUUAUGGAUCAUUGCAUGGAUAGGCUCAUCAACAAAUCACGUUUUCUAAUGUUAUUACACACCUGCAAACAACAUAUUAUUUAAGUUUUAGAUAUUGAUAGGUGACCGAGAUAUUUGUUCUUGAGAGGUGUCAUUACUGCCAUUACUUCCAUUCUGCAAUCCCUAUCAGUAUGAUCCAAAACAGACUUAUUACAGAGGUUAUUAUUAAAGGAUAACUAUAGGGUCAGGAACACAAACAUAUAUUCCUGACCCUAUAGUGUUAACACUACCAUCUAGCCUCCCUGGGCUCCUCAUGCCUCCAUAAAUAUAGUAAAAUCUUACUGUAUUCAAGCCUGUAACUGUAACUCUGCAUGCUGUUAGACUCAGAAAAAUAAGCAGUCUGCUGACUGCAUUAGAAGUGGUAGCCCGAUCCAAUCACAGUGCUUCCCCAUAGGAUUGGCUGAGACUGACAAAGAGGCAGGUCAGGGGUAGAGCCAGCAGGAUUCAAAUACAGCCCUGGCCAAUCAGCAUUUCCUCAUAGAGAUGAAUUGAAUCAAUUAAUCUCUAUGAGGAAAGUUCAGUAUCUGCAUGCAGAGGGAGGAGAUACUGAAUGUUUGGAUGCAUUUUAGGCAGCUAUGACCCAGGAAGGAUCUCUAACAGCUAUCUGAUGAGUGGCCAGUGUAGUUAUCACUAGGCUGUAAUGUAAAUACAGCAUUAUCUCUGAAAAGACAUUGUUUACAGCAAAAAGCCUGAUGAUUCUACUCACCAGAACAAAUUCAAUAAGCUGUAUUUGUUCUGGUGACUAUAGUGUCCCUUUAAUCAAUAGACCCAUAAUCUAAUCUAUAGCACCACAUCACUUCCAGUGAAGACAAUCUAAACCUGUUAUGUGGAUACAGAGGAAGACAAUGACCUGGGCGGACUGAAACUCACAAGCCCUCUGGAAAUAGGUUAUCAAGGACCCUCCUCAUGGUGCAAUCAUUUUUGGCUGCUACUCUUCUCCCCCUUCUUUGUGAAGUUCUCACACAGAUAUCAUGUGCGCAAUCUGAGAAGGGUCGGUCACCUAAACAGCCACCACAGCACAAUAAUGUAAGGAGUAUAUGUUUGUAUCACUAACACUAUAGUGUUUGUUUAAUUUUUUUUUUCUCUGGAUAUUAAAGCGUAAUAAUAGACGAGGGAUGUCACCCGGCACUGGCAAAUAUUGUAUUACAUUGAAUUGCAGUUUGUAAACCCUGAGAAUAAUCCAACCAACAGGUGGCCUGAAAUCAUCUGUAGCAAAUACAGAGAGAGGCAUGCAAACAACAAUUUGGUUGGUUGUCUCCUUGUGUCCCCUGUUUGUCAUUUAUAUUGUGUGAUUGGGCAAAAUAAAUAAAAUAAACACUACAACGUUUGUCAACUGCAUAACUACAACUACUACAGUCUCCCUAUUACAUAUAAAAAUAAUGUUCCAUUCUAAUUCACAAAUGUGGGGAUAAUAACUUGGUAAUAAACUUCAAUUCCAAAUCCUCAUUCCCUGUAUAAUCGAAAAUCUGAAAGAAUAAGUCUGUAUAAAACUGAGACCUCUCUGUACAUAAUGUACGUAAGUAAAAUAAAAAAAUUGGCCCUAUUUAUUAAUGAUGUGUCAGAUGUGUCAAGAAAAGCCCAGCGUUAGAAAUAAAAAGCUUUAUUUGUAACACUGGAGUGUUUGGUGUGGCAUUGCUGCUCUGCUCCUGCAAUGCUUCUCAUAGAACAAGCUGACGUGGUUUCGUUGUUUGGAGUGUUCUUCACUACACCAUAAUCCUACAUUAAGAAACCAAAUAUAUCGUAACAUGAAAUGGUAAAAAUGGGUAAGGGCUGCGCUAAAAUACAGUAGCCUGUACAGUAAAAACCAGACCAAAUGGUCUAAAUGAAUAGACAACAACAAGUAGGCGUAUAUAAUUGAUAAAAAGUCUCUAUUUAAACAACAGAAAAAAUAUAAUAAAACAAAGUCCAUCCAAGAAGUAAAAUGUUCAGUAGAAUAAAAAUAAAAAACUGGUAUAGCUGGAUAGAGUGUGUGUACAAUCCUUAAGAGUUGAUACGUCCGGGUGGUAAAUAAUCCAUAUAUGUGAAGACAAGAAUAAAACAUGACAAACUGCCAAUAGUGAAGUAUUGUAAAUCCAAGGGUAUAAUAAAUAAAAGGAGGAUAGUACACUCACAUUUGGAGGAGCUUAGGCCAGCGCUAGGAUGGAGGGCGUUUUGCGGUAUGAUCCCCGCUAAGAGAUAUACUGAAGAAGUGUGUCCGUCAGUCUGGCCUUGGUUACGUCGUACUCCACAAUAUAUAUAAAAAACAGCAAUAGUGCUCUCAGUUGGAAAAGAUAAAUAAAAUAGAUAAAAUAAAAUAAAAUCUCAGGAGAUACAAUCUGACCUACAGAGAGAGCAGGUCUGCGCAGAGCAGCACCAGAAAAAGUGCUAAAGAAAUCCGUAGGUGGGGAUCAUUCCACCAGUGCUGUGUUAAUAGAGCAGUAUUCUCUGCUCUACACUUGUGAGUAUAUUUUAUUUUAUCUAUUUUAUUUAUCUUUUCCAACUGAGAGCACUAUUGCUGUUUUUUAUAUAUAUUGUAAAGUAAAAUAAAAUAAAAUAUUUUAAAACACCUGGACAUGCGAACGGGAAUUUCAUCUAUUCAUUCAUUCAUCAGACAGACGAAUGAGUAAAUAGAAAUAUCAGCCGAACAAACAAACAAACACAAUGUAUCAGUGUUUGUUUGUUCGUUCAGUUUAUUACAAGGAGGGAGCUACCGGCACGCAGCUCCCUCCUUGUAAUAUGUAACUAUAGAAGCGGCAGGGAGCAGUGCUCCCCACCACUUCAUAAGCCCCCCCAGGUCCCCCUCUCACUCUAUGGGGGUCAAUAUGACCCCCAUAAUAGCACAAGGGAGAUUAAAAUCUCCCAAAUGCCCCUACUCGCUAUACCGCGAGUAGGGGCAUGUCCACUAAACAGUGAGCAGCCUGUGGCUGCUCACUGUAAAAAAAAAAAAAAAAAACAACUAUUGGCCCCCACCCCUAAACAGUGAGAAUGAGGGGGUGGGGGCCAUAAUGAAAUGGGGACCUACUGCGGCCCCCACCCCUGGGCGGCGGGUGGGGGCCAUAAUGAGAAUGGGGGGGACCUACUGCCCCCCCCGCCCCCACCCCUGGGCGGCGGGUGGGGGCCAUAAAGAGAAUAGGGGGGGGACCUACUGCCCCCCCCCACCCCUGGGCGGCGGGUGGGGGCCAUAGUGAGAAUGAGGGGGGGGACCUACUGCCCCCCCCGGCCCCCACCCCUGGGCGGCGGGUGGGGGCCAUAAUGAGAAUGGGGGGGACCUACUGCCCCCCCCGGCCCCCACCCCUGGGCGGCGGGUGGGGGCCAUAAUGAGAAUGGGGGGGGGACCUACUGCCCCCCCCCGCCCCCACCCCUGGGCGGCGGGUGGGGGCCAUAGUGAGAAUGGGGGGGGACCUACUGCCCCCCCCCGGCCCCCACCCCUGGGCGGCGGGUGGGGGCCAUAGUGAGAAUGGGGGGGGACCUACUGCCCCCCCCCGGCCCCCACCCCUGGGCGGCGGGUGGGGGCCAUAAUGAGAAUGGGGGGACCUACUGCCCCCCCGCCCCCACCCCUGGGCGGCGGGUGGGGGCCAUAAGAGAAUGGGGGACCUACUGCGCCCCACCCCCGGGCGGGUGGGGCCAUAGUGAGAAUAGGGGGGGGACCUACUGCCCCCCCCCGGCCCCCACCCCUGGGCGGCGGGUGGGGGCCAUAAUGAGAAUGGGGGGGACCUACUGCCCCCCCCGGCCCCCACCCCUGGGCGGCGGGUGGGGGCCCUAAGUCAAUUACCCCCCCCCAAGGUGACUAGGGGUCCCCAAGCCCCUAGUCACCCACCCCCACCCAAAAAAAACAAGUCCCUACCUACCCCCCUCACCCUAAAAAAUAGUGAGGGGGGGAUAAAAUAACUAACCUGUAAAAUAAAAUUAAACUUACCAUUCGACGUCUUCUUUUUUCUCAAAUCUUCUUUUUUCAGCCCCAAAAAAGGCCAAAUAAAAAACCAUCAUAACCGUCGAAUUGAAAAUAAAAUAAAAAUCCCGAGCGAAAAAAAAAACCCGACGAAAAAAAAAAAACCCGAGCGCAAAAAAAUAAUCCAUCUUCACCCAUGGAGGGCUCCACGCAGACUGAGCUCCGCAGAGCGGGGAAGGCUUAUAAAGCCUUGCCCCGCCCUGCAAUUAGGCUAAGAACACUCUGAUUGGUGGGUUUAAGCCAAUCAGAGUGUUCUUUGUCAUUUUACACAGCGUGGGAAAAUUCAAAAGAACUUUCCCACGCUGUGUAAAAUGACACAGAGCACUGUGAUUGGAUGGAUUUCAAGCCACAGAUGCAGCCACAGCAAGAAUAGGAUCGGAGUUUCAUUCAUUCGAAUGAAAUUCUGAUCUGAAUAAAGUGCCGAAUUGCGUUCUAAAACAAAUGAACAGACUGUUGUCAUUCAGUUAGAACGCAAUUCGGCAGUUUUGUGUAAAAUGACAGGAAGCAUUGUGGGAACACUGAGGAAAGCUAGGGAUCAUGGGAAAAUUGCUCUGUCCAGCGGAAAUGAAGCACACUUUGCUCCUCCGCUGGUCAGAGCUGGUCAAGCGGAGGAAUCCCCCAUAAGGCAAAGAGUCCCUACUUUGUCUUAUGAUUUUAAAGAAAACUAAAGAAGACAGGAAGAAAAGAAUAACAGAUCCUGAGAGAGGGGGAGAAGAGGAAGAGAUUGAGGAAAGGUAAGUUCGGCAUGACAGUGCCGCUUUAAGACAUUUGUGGCUGAUUCAGAGCACAGACGGGUUCGUGCAGAUAAAGGCACAUUGAGGAAGAUUUCUGCCAGAUCCAUGCAUCGGAUCAAGAGAGCAGCUGCUAAAAUACCAUUACAUUGCAGCAAAUAGAUAUUUGAAGCUGCUGGUGCCUCUGGAGUCCCACGGACAUCAAGGUGUAGAGUCCUCCAGAGUCUUGCAACUGUGCAUAAACCUUCUAUUCGGCCACCACUAACCAAUGCUCACAAGCAGAAACGUCUGCAUUGGGCAGAAAAAUACAUGAAGACUAAUUUUCAAACAAUCCUGUUCACUGAUGAGGGCCGUGCAACCCUGGAUGGUCCAGAUGAAUGGAGUAGUGGAUGGUUGGUGGACAGCCACCCUGUUCCAACAAGGCUGCAACGUCAGCAAGGCGGUGGUGGAGUCAUGGGAAGAGAGCUGGUCGGCCCCUUUAGGGUCCCCAUAGGUGUAAAGAUGACCUCUGCAAAGUAUGUGGAGUUUCUGACUGACCACUUUCUUCCCUGGUACAGAAGAAAAACUAUGCUUUCCGCACAGGUCUCUGGCCUCAUUGUCUGAGAUUAUCUGAGUCAAUCCAAUGCUUUCCCAUGGGAUCAAUUCUGAUGAUCUCAGCCAAGGAGGAGGGCAGUGGGCAGAGCUGUGCUGACCAAUCAAAUUUUGUCAGAGAUGCACUGAAUCAAUGCAUUUCUGUGAGGUACGUUAAGCACCACUGGAGGUGUCCCUAGGCAGCACUGCCCAUUGGAGUGAUCUGGGUGCCAACUUCCACUACCCUUAGCCCUGCAAGUGUAAUUAUUGCAGUUUUCAUAAACUGCAAUAUUUACCUUGCAGGGUUAAGUCCUCCUCUAGUGGCUGUCUAAACACAAAAAGUGUUUUAAGCAACGCUGGACGUCCUCACGCUAUGUGAGGACCUCCAGCGUUGCCGAAAUCCCCACAGGAAAGAAUAAUGCUUUCAUAUGGGGAGGUCUAAUGCGCGUGCGCGACAAUUAGAGGAGAGUAGGCGGCACCUGACCAGCGCCAAGUGACAGCGGCGCUGGACUCCGGUAAGUGGAUGGGAUGGGGGGGAGGGAGGGGGUGGGAGGAAGAGGGGCACUACAGGGUCCUGCAGUGCCAGUAAAACUAAUAUGUUUUCCAGGCACUGGAGAAUCCCUUUAAGAAAUCUCAUUUUAACUUGACUAUUAUCAAAGUAAACAUAUUCACAAUAGGAUACACACAUUUCCGAAUACAAAAAAAGGCCAAUUCCAUAUUUGUAUUUAUUUAUCUGAAUCACUAAAUUAUACCAGACCAAUUCUAUGCUAUCCAUCAAUAUUGGUUUUCCCUGUUUUGCAGGAACAAAUUGGAUAACCCAAGUUCUGCACGAGGUGGUCUAUUUCACUCACAACAGAGAGCCAUUGCUAGAAGAUGCAAUGUUGGAAUUUGGAGAACCAGAGAAAGUAGAGGUUAGUGAAAAAAACAUAGUAGAGAUGAUUAGUGCUUUUAACAGGCAAAACACCUGGAUAUUUAGUAAGGUGUAAUAAACUGACAAAGCAUUCAUAUCAUCUAGAUCUAAUUUUACCAAUAACUGCAUUUUUUUGUGAUCUUUUAGAUCUGGUGAGUUGCUGCCCCAUUUUCUGCAGAUAAAUAAUUAUUCAAUAAUGUCAGUUUUUUGUCAAGUUGAGAUUUUCUCUAGGAUGGAAAAAUCCUCAGUCAUAGUCAUUCGUAACAAGGAGAGGGCAUCAGCAGCAACACCAACGCAAAAUGGUUUGUUAACAUAACAGAAGAGAGUUUUCUUUUCUUUUCGAAAUAAUUUUUCUAAAAUAUUUUAUAAGCUACAAACAAUUGACAAGAAAAAAAGGAUGACUAAAAUAAAUAGAAAACAUCAUCCCCCAUUACAUAGUGACACAUACCAAGGGUCUUAAAGUCAACUUAAAUGGGGGGCCACUUGCCAAGUAGUUGUGACCAGAUCUGUACUUUACUUGUACUUGCAUACAAAAAUCAUUACUCCCAAAUGUGCACAGCACACACACACACACUCUCAUCACUAAAAUGCAGCAUUUGACUGCAGAAUUUGAAUUAAUGCUUCAAAUAGAUAACUUAAUAAUUCAUAAAGAAGUAUUGAAUUGGCGUGUUACAAAGAUCGCCAAGUAUGCACCAUGUUCUGAUUGGAUGGAUAACAUAUUAAGUAAGUGUUCAUUUAAAGGUUGAAAGCACUAAAAGAUGUGAAAUAGGAAACUAAACAUUUUAAACAUAUUAGACCGCAAGUGAACAGUGUUGCAAUCACAUUUGUAAUGUCCCAGGAUUAAAUAAUGUGUGAAGUGAUGCACAAAAAUUGUAUUAUCAAUAUGGAUCACCAAACAAGAUAAUUAAUGAAGUAAUUCAAUUUUAGCUCUCAUAUCCUUUACUCUAGAGUCUAGAAUGAUGCAUUCACAGGUUUAAAACUUAGAAAAAAAUUACAGAUCUACAUAAAAAUAAGAACAAGAAUUUGUUUUGCUCUGUUAUAUGUCAUAAAAUGUUGAAUGUCUUCAGGCUUCUAGAUUUUCAAUUCUAGUUUGAAGUACCCAUAUAUCUUCUUACAGCUUCAGACAUUCAAACAUUAAUAACAAUAUCCCCUUGCAGUACACCAUUGGAUUUAGAAAAAAUAUAUAUAUGAGAAGGCUUUGUAACAUUUUUUUCUCUGCUGUUUGUUAUCACCAUUUUGGAACUUGCUAUUAUGGUACAGCUAAUAUUAUGUCAGUUAUUGUUAUCAUUUUAAGCCUGAAAAACAUUUAUCUGUAAAAAUAAGUUAACCCCUCAGUUAAGAUUUAACUGUAACUCUCUAAGUAGAACCUUUAUCAUAACUCUAAAACUGAUACAAAUUCUACAACCGAAACCCUAAAGGGACACUAUAGUCACCCGAACAACUACAGCUUAAUGUAAUUGUUCUGAUGCGUAUAAUUAUAUGCAAGCAUUUUUAUGCAAACACUGCCUUUUCAGAGAAAAGACAUUGCUUACAUUGCAGUGUUUACAUUGCCCCUAGAGACACCUCCAAGUGGCCACUCCUCAGAUGGCCACUGGAGGUGCUUCCUGGCUUAGUGCUGCACAGUAGGCAGACCUGCCGUUCACGCAGUGCAUGGGGACGCAGAAUUUUCCUCAUAGAGAUGCAAGUGAUCAUGUCAUAUAUCAUAUUUGAGAUUGUAGAAUUUCUUACAUUGGUAAGACGGAUCUUACACUUAGAGACGGAUAAUGGAGGCACCAUUCAGUUUUGCAAUAUGACCAAGAGCUCUCUGAUUGAUUAGCUAGUAAGCCAACCAAUCAGAGCUCUUUGACAGCCCAAUCUCACUUCUCUUGAGAACUGGCUGUCAGAGUGCUCUGAUUUGCCGGUUUAGUAGAAAACCAAUCAGAGAGCUCUUGGUCAUAUUGCAAAGCGUGGGAAAUGUUCCCAUACUUUGUGAGAACUGUCAUAGUGUGGUAAAGCCUGUAAAAGGGCUUUACCCUCUAGGAGUGUUCAUUCUGCAGCAAGCCCUCAAUGAAGAUUUAUUUUUAUUUUUUUCGUGCUUUUAUUUUUCUUAUUUUAUUUGAAUUAGUGGUGUUGGGAAUUGUGGAUUUUUAUUCGGCCUUUUUGGGGGCUGCAGAACAAAAGGAUUAGAAGAAGACUUCUGAUGGUAAGCCCACCCCCAAUGGCACUAUUUUAUGGGAGGCCCAUGGGAGGCGACAAUAUUUUCCCUCCUUAUAAUUUAAAUUAGCCCCCAUCUGAUGCCUGUAGGUGGAGGUCCCCCUGUUAUUGCAUAGGCUCUAAUAGUUCUUUAGAAUAGGGGAAAAUAGUUAUUCUAAUUAUCAACUCACUUGCAAAAAGCAAGUAAAUGAUAAUUUGCAAACAGGCAUCAAGAGGUGGCUCUAGACUUUGUGAGGGCCCCACUGACACCCUAAUUAGAGAGCCACCUAUACGUGCGUUCUCCCAGAAGUAUUCGAUUUAUGUGGUCGUUGAUGAAUUUCAAAUUCCAGGUCUGUAAGUUGUUUCGGAUGCAUAUAGUGGUGAUUUUCUGUACUCAACCCAGUCAAUGUUACAAAAUCGGUUGGACCGACUGAAUCCUGUCUGCCUUUUGGCUUUAGCAAAUCUGAGAAUUGCCAAUGAAGUCAGAAUUUGGUCAUUUUAACCAGAUUUUCUGAAUUUGGACAAAAUUCUGUGUUUAGUGAAUAACUGUUGGUUCUACGAGACAAAAUGAUUAGACAUUCUAGAAGAAUACAGACUGAACAAAAAAGGAAAGGAGAAGAAUUACGACAAAGGAAAUAGAAAACAUGACCCAAAAGAACACAAUCAAAUGAGAAAAACUAAAAUAGAAAACUCAAACAAAUAACUAGCAAUAUACAAAAUGGAUCUUAAGAUAAAAUACCCAUUUUUUUCUAACAUUUAAAUUGUUUUUCUCAUUUCAGAGUAUUAAGAGACAAGCUUCGCCAAGGAUAUUUUCAACACACCUCUAUUACAAUGACAUGCCAAAAUCAUUUAUUGCAAACAAAUCAAAGGUAAGUGUGGUUGUACUUUUUCCAAUGACAUUUUAAAGUGAACCUGUCUUUGAAUUUUUUUUUAUUUUUUUUUUAAUUCUUUAUUUUUGCAGGCAAGAUAAGACAUAACAAUAUACAUAUAAUAAAACAGGAAAAAACAAAAAUCUUCAGGCACUCCCAAAUUAAAGCCACAGGCAGAUUUAUUGGAUCAGGAAGGCAAAGCAAUGUUUCAACCUAUUAAUAGGUCUUUAUUAAGCAUGAUAUCAAGUUUGAUACAGAAAACAUGUCAUGGCCUAUGUGACCGUAGUCACCAUCACUAAGAGCUUAAGCUGGACAAUUCAAUUAGGUAUCUGAAUGAUUCCUAUGUUUAAGUCACCCUCUGACCAUUGUGGGUGCAGGGUGUUUGUGUAAUGUGGUUGUUUGGGGUUAAAUAUUUGUGUGCUCAGCAAGGCUGGUGCAAGGAUUUUUUCCACCCUAGGCAAAGCCUAAUUUUGCCACUCCCAUUGGCUCCACCCUUGACUCCGCUACCUCCUGUAGUGUGUAUGUGUGUAGGAGGAUGCAGGAGGGUGUGUUUAGUGCAUGAGUAUAGUGGAUGCAGUGUGUAUAAUAGAUGUAGAGUGUGUGUUUAUAUGGUGAAUGCAGGUUGUAUAUUUGUGUAAUGGAUGCAGUGUGUGCAGUGUCUGUGUAAUUUAUGCAGUGUAUGUUGUAUUUGUGUGUAGUGGAUAUAGUGUGAAAUGGAUGCAGUGUACGUAUAGAGAAUGCAGAGUGUUUGUUUGUGUAGUGGAUGCAAUGUGUGUUUGUGUAAUGAAUGCAGAGUGUGUGUUUAUGUAGUGGAUGCAGUGUGUAAAGUGACAGUGUGUAAAGUAGCAGUAUGUAUAGUGUAUGGUGGGGGUGUGUAUAGUGUAAAGUGGCAGUGUGUAAAGUAGCAGUAUGUAUAGUGUAAGGUGGCGGUGUGUAUAGUGUAAAGUGGCAGUGUGUAAAGUAGCAGUAUGUAUAGUGUAAGGUGGCGGUGUGUAUAGUGUAAAGUGGCAGUGUGUAAAGUAGCAGUAUGUAUAGUGUAAAGUGCCAGUGUAUACAGUGGAAGCUCCACCCCCUGUCUUAGAACUUUUACUUUGCAUGAAUCACUUUACCUUGAUGUGUAGAGUCUGAAUAAACUGUUAUUUUCUAACCUUUAAUGUCUCUUAGAUAUAUAUAUAUAUAUAUUUUAGCAAUAAACAUCUCCUGCUAAACUGUUUUAGCAUCACCAUCAACCCUCCUUCGUGGGCUACAACCAGCACUUAGUCAUAGCCCUUCUCUGGGUAGCUAGCUAUCUCUUCCCAACCAGAGAUGUAGGGGAGACUCUUUACAUGUGCGUUUACAACACUUGAGGACUAGAAAGAGAACAGCUGGCAGGAGUUUUCUAUGGAACUCUGUAGAUGGGAUAGCAAUUUAACUAGCACAAUGUAUAGACAAUUAUAAGAGAGUUUAAUAUUAUGUUAUAUAAUGAUGAUUAGUAUGAUAAUGGACACAGAGUUUGCCAUUUGAUAUUUACCUUCGUCUUAAAUUAUAUCAGUAGGGCAUCCAGUAAACUUUUUUAGCCUUAGAGGCAGUACAAAUGAAGGGACUUUUUGACUCGAAACUCACAGAUUUCAGAUUGGAUGGUUCUACUCAUGUAGAGCAUGAGAUAGAUAGACAGACAGACAGACAAACUUGGCAGCUUAAGCUGCUGAGUUGCUAUCAUAUUUCCCUGUAAUAUCCAUCAGUCAGUAUUUCCUGCAUUGUAUGAAGGAGCAUUCACACAGACAACUGGUGUGGCUAUGACUGUCAUGAUCACAUGCUUAUUGUACUCUGAAAGCCUGGUCAACCUCAGAUACCACAGUACACCAGGAAAUAUCCCAGUAGGUCAGUCCAGGUCUGGAGAACAUUGAGAACACAGACCAACAGCCCAUGAUCAAACCAACAUGGUGCUUUGAUAGCAAGGACCCUGCAAUAUUCCUAGCUUCCAAUCUUGCUCCAGUUGAAAUCUCAUCAGUAUGUACCUUUUUUUCUGAAUGGGAAGCUACUGACUGUCUUAGAGCAUCAAAUGACUGCUCUAGCCAAUCAGCAUCACCUCUAUUCCCUUGGGGUUAAGCUGUUUGAAAAUAAUUUUACCUUAAGGUAAGAGAGUGCCAGGGAGAUUAAGUGGUUAUGGUGCCUAAACUGUUCCUUAUAGCUGCAAUUCACAAUCCACUGCCAGCUCUGCCAUACUAAUGUCCUAGAGACCUGGGGAGUAAUUGUACCUGUGCCCCCUUACUAGCCCUUCCAUGAUGGCACUUAAAUGAUGGAACUAAAUUAGGCAGAAAUUUUGGUUGCAACAUUUGUCCCAUGUAUUACUAUUUAGUCAGAAACUGAUUCUUAGGAUCAAUUUUUUUUUUUUAAAUCUGUCAAUGAGAGAAACUAACAGGGAUAUUAACUAAAAAGAGAACAGAUGGUAAUUGAAGUAAAUCGAAAGCAAAUUUGAAAUUUAAGGCCCAAAAAAAUCAGCUAUGCUUCCGAUUACUUUAAUGAAUAAUAUUGUGAAAAUGUGCUAAAACUAUUUCCGAAAAUGCUUUUUUUGCAGCUCAUGUUCCUAUUAAAGUUGUCCAUUUUUUUACUACUACGCCAUAGAUUAUUUUAACUCAUUAAGCCCCAUAACAUUUUCUAUCAGUUCCCUCAUCAGAUGUCGCCUGACAGAGGCAAAGUUAUCCGCCAGCGCAUCAGUCAGCCGCUCUGCUGGACUCAAUGGAACAUGAAGGAAUUCCAAGUUAAAGGGGCUCUCCAGGCAUUUUACUUACCUGGUUCCAGUGCCGGGAGCCUCGUGAAGCCGCGCCCCCUAUUUCUUCAAAAUGACAAAAUAGGUGGGCGCGAGCAGGGAGCAAUCAGACACUUCCAUUCGCUGCACAUGCACACAUACAUCAUAGGGCGGCAUUCAUGCCGCCCUCUGAAGUCCUAAACGCACUACCGCGAAUGCGUACGGUGUGCGCGGCCGCAAGCUGAGCUGGCUGACAGCUCAGCUCAUGGUCUUUGCCCGCCUCCUCUUCUCUCCUGACAGGCAGGAGAGAGAAGGCGCGCACACAGUGCCUUCUCUCUCCUGCACACGUCAGACGUAUUUUAAUAAGGCCAGAGUAACCACACUUAAAAUAUAGUUGACUACGAGACGUAUUCCAAUUUGGUUACAAUGGCUUAAAUCUGAAAUGUACUUUGAAUUCACAUUAAAUUCCAGAUAAUUCUCACUUUAAUAAAUAACCCUCGUAAUUACUGGAGAUUUCCAAACCACUGAGCUUAUGAUACAUAAUUAUUAUCCAUGUUUUUGCGAAUUACAUUUUUGCAGUCAUAUUAAAAGGACAUGUUCUCUCUUGGUCUUUUUUGACAGAUCUUGUGGAUCCUUCGGAAUCCAAAAGACACAGCAGUUUCAUUUUACCAUUUCUGUAACAAUAAUCCAAUACUUCCAACCUACCAUUCUUGGGAUUCGUUUUUUCAGGAUUAUAUGAAUGCAAAAGGUACCAUUAAAAUUAACAACUAUAGUCAUAAAUAUAUUUAUUAUUGGUGUUAUAAAUUCUGUGAAUUUUAUUAGACAAUUUAAAAAGUAAUCAUAUAUUUUUUAAAUUCUUUAUUGUUGAUAUAAUUUACAGAUAUGUUUAAAAACAGGGGUCCACAAUUAAUAAUGUCAGUCGAUUAGUGAUUAGCACAAUACAUAGAAACUAACGAUAUCGAGGUGUAGAAAGACUAUGGAUUGAUUUUAGAAUUAAGACGGAUGGCUUACUAGUAGGCCUAAAUUCCACUAGGGACAUGUACUUGGCUCCAUGGGUUCCCUCUGUGAACUCUACCCCAAGUAGAGUGACUGCUGCUUAAAUUAGGGUUACAUGUAUAAAGUGGGUAACUGCAGAUGAAGAUACAAUUCUUCAAUAGAGAAAAAUAUGGUGGUUGUGGUAGGAUUACCCCCUAACUGGGUGAAGAAGGAUCAGUUAAACUAGAAACCUCACUCCAGCAGCCCCACUGCCCCUCUCCUGCCUACAGUUCUGAGGUUUUAGCGUUAUGACAAAUCCAGUACUGCUUGUAUAUUUCUAAAACACUGAAACAUGUAAAUGGGGAGCAUCGCUGUACUCGUGGGACAUCACAGCAUACAGAUUUGUGUUUUUUAUUGCAGUAAAAGCCAACAGUAUUAUGACAUUCGCAGUUAAUAUGCCAUGCAGAACUUGGAAAAUAAAAGUUCACACCUUUUUUAGAUUUUAUUCAUAUUACAUUAUGUUUCAUAUAUAAAUAUUUGAUGUGGAAAAAAAAGCUCUAUUUCUCCUGUACAAAAUGAUAUAUAAUAAGUGUGGGUGUACUUAAUAUGAAAGAGGUAAAUUACUGUUGAACAGACAGCUCAAAUUCUAGGGUUUGACUUGGUCAGAACCUGGACAAUUGCUUCCGUCCUUAAGGAGAUGUUAUAUUACUAGAUUGGAAAUAUAUUAAAGAAAAAUGAUUACUGUGCAUUUUAAAGGGAUACUCCAGGCACCCAAACCACUUCUGCCCAUUGGAGUGGUCUGGGUGCCAACUCCCACUACCCUUAACCCUGCAAGUGUAAUUAUUGCAGUUUUUAUAAACUGCAAUAUUUACCUUGCAGGGUAAAGUCCCCCUCUAGUGGCUGUCUAUUAGACAGCCACUAGAGGGAGUUCCGUGUUCUUAGAACACGAAAAGUGUUUUAAGCGACGUUAGAUGUCCUCGUGCUAUGUGAGGACCUCCAGCGUCGCCAAACUCCCCAUGGGAAAGCACUGAAUAAAGCUUUCCUAGGGGGAGGUCUAAUGCACGUGCGCUGCCAUUGUUGCGCAUGCGCAUUAGGUUUCCCCCGCCGGCUGACGGUGACGGGGAAGGAGAGUAGGCGGAGCCUGACCAGCUCCGAGGGACAUCGGCGCUAGACUCCGGUAAGUCACUGAAGGGGUUUUAACUCCUUCAACAACUUAGGAUGGGGGGUGGGAGGGAGAGGGGCACUACAGAGUCCGGCAGUGCCAGGAAAACUAAUAUGUUUUCAUGGCACGGGAGAAUCCCUUUAAUGUCAAGGAGGUCAAGGUAUACUAAGAAAAUCCAAUACUCCAAAGAGAGUAAGGGAGAGGCAGCAAAAUACAUACAGUAUUCGACUGUUGGCAAAAAGGUUUGACUACUUAUAUGGAGGGGCGCAAUGACACUAUAACAACCAUAUUGUGCUGAAGUGGUUAUGGUGCUUAUAUUCUCAUUUUAACCGAACAUGGCAGCCAAAUGCAUUAAUACAUUUAUGUGUAAAGCUGGGGUGUUGUAACAUCAUUUUAGAUUACUCCCCCCCACCCCUCUGAAAUAAAGGGUUAACAUAUCUGUACUACAGAAUGAAUGUACUCACCCUUUUUAUUUUUUGUAGUGCAGUGAUUAACAAACAGGCUUAGAAUGACAAGUGCACAUGGAUAGAAAUAACAGAAGAUUUUGCAAACACAGUACAGUACAAUAAAUGGCAUGUCAAGAUUGUUGUACUUUUUGUAAAAUUCUAAUUAAUUAAACAAGAUAAACACUGUUUCUGCAUAAACUAUUAAAGAAGAUGUAAAAUCCUAGUCUGUGCUAUAUACAUACAAUUUUUAGAGGUUAAAGAUUACACAGAGAGUUGUAUCAAGCUAACAGGCCGAAUCUAAGCACAGGAAAAAACAGGAGUGGUGUCAAAUAGUGGUAUAUUGCAGUAGGCGGAGUAACAUGAGAUACAAAGGUAAAAAUCAAAUAUUGCAUAAACUGUAGAUUAUCAGACAGCGUUAUGAGACCACUGGACUCUGGGGCACCCCAACAUUACAGUAAUGAAAAUCCCUAUUGAAUCAUAGGUAGGAGAAGAAGAAAAUAUAAACAAAAUAUAUUUACACAAGGACAAGCAGAAAAGCAUAUUUUAAAGCAUAAAGACCAUUUAUAAAUCAGAUGACACGGCAACUGCCAUCAUUGGAGUGGGUCUCAAGCUGCAAUCCCAGUAUCUGGAUCAGCCGAUCCCCAUCAACGGCAGGAGUGGAGCAUAUACAGGAGAGUUCAGGUGAACUGUGGCAGAGGUGCGCAAAUUCAGGACUCUCCUCCCGCCCCAGGCCUGAAUGAGGCCCAACAUCACUAUUUCAUGGACUCCAUGGUAUUCACUGGAACCAAGUCCUUCCCCCUUCUAUGGUACGCAGAGGGUCUAGAUGGUGGGCGCCGUUUUCAGCGGGUGAUCCUCCACUUCAGUGGUUGAUGCUUGGAGGCAGUACCCUGAGGGGCUCUCGGCCCGGAUGGACAAAAAGCUGAGUAAGUAUACGCUUGCUUGUGCAUUUUGCCCCAAGGAGGCCUGCUCCGCUCCGGCUGCUAAUUUCUUUCAGGAGCGAUUUCCCACUCAGCCAGGGUAGCCUGCUCACUCUCUAGGAUUCUCAGCCAGAAGGUUUGAAAGAUACCAUCCAAGCACUGCAGAGAAGAUUCCACUGAGCCGCAUUGAGGCACAUGAGACAGGCGCAGACGCUGGGUGUCUAGCAAGGAGGCAGUCACUAUCUUGUGGCUUAGUGCACCUGAAGUUCCAAUGGUUGUCUAUGUGUAGCAAAAGGUAGGAGCAGUGCUAAUUGCCCCAGUAUGUUCAGUAGUGACCGGGAUAUCCCUCGCCGGUCCAGAGGGAGGGGGAGAGGAGAGUAGGAUCACAGCUGAACCAAACGAAUUCCUCUAGUAGUAUAAAAACAUAAUUCUACAAAUAAAAAUAUGUUCCUUAAAAAAAAAAAAAAAAAAUGUAUAGGGCUUGUGAUUUACAUUCUCUAAAUAAAUAUUAAACUGCCAGCAGAAUGUUUGGGUCAAAAAGACAAAAAAUCUAUCAAUUAAAACUUGCAGUGGUGAAAGUAUGAAUUCUUUCAAUUUUCAAUAAAUCUCUCCUUUUCUUGUUUAUUUUAUUUAGUAUGCUAUGGAUCUUACUUUGAUCAUGCUUUAUCCUGGAAUGAGCACAUAGAUGAAGAAAAUAUAAUGGCAGUCACAUUCGAAGAAAUAAAAGAGGUAAGACAUGAGCAGCACAUCCUUUAACACCACAUGAAUGCCAGGAGAAAGUCUUUCCUAUGGACUGUUUGACUGCGCGCGGAUCUUGCCGCGCAUGCGCAUUCCGCUCCACUCGGGAGCUGACGUCGGCGGGGGAGGAGAGGUCACCAGCGCCAAGGGAGCCCGGCGCUGGAUAAAGGUAAGUUUUAACCCCUUCUGCCCUGCGGGAGGGGGACCCUGAGGGUGGGAGGACCUAAGGGUUAUAUAGUGUCAGGAAAACAAGUUUGUUUUCCUGACACUAUAGUGAUCCUUUAAUUAGCAAUAUAGUUCAUAAACUUCAAUAUAGAGUUUGACAGAGAAGGUGAUAUGAUUCCUGUUGUAGGGAAUAACAGUCCUUUUGAAAAAGAAAACAGAAGUUGGAAAUAAGGCAAAUCGUGGCUGAGUAGUGGUUAUAGUCCUUUAGACUCCAAUAAAAAUGAAUAACACAAAUGAUGAAUGAGUAAUUGACUUAUGAGACUUUCAAUUAGAAUAUGCAAGUGGGUCCCAGAGGACAGACUUAGUAUUCCCUUAUCCUUCCCAAAUAACUUCAGGUAAGAACCAAUUGUUAAUCCCAAUAACUGGAGAAUUUAUCUUGCAUUGGGUAAUGAGCAUGAGCGUCCUUCCAGGAUAGUGUGGAUUAUGGUUCCUUCUGGUAUGUGAAGAGAGACAGGAAUCCAAGGUGAAGUCUGUUCCAAGUCAGGGAGUGAAGAGUAGAGUGUCGUCAGGAUCAAACUAGAGAGGUUCGGUACACAGGAAAUCAAUUAGAAAGCUCUGUCAGUAAAUCAGCAACAAAGUAGCAAAUAUGCGAGAGAACACACACACAAAACACAUUGCUUGUGCAAUUUGGAUGCGAUCGCGGCUUGCUUUUGAAGGAAAGCGUGUGACGUCAGACGCAUGGGCGGAGACUGAUCGGCGGAACCUGGAAGUCACACAGGUAAUGCCGAUCUGGCUGAAGUCAACAUGGAGGAAUUCCGAGAUAAUAUGGAGGAAUCCUGACAGUAUGGUUGACUGUGUAUAGCAGAGGUAAUCUUGACUCCUUAACAUUGUACUGAAUUUAUAGUGAAACAAGCAGUUAGGUUAAUAAUAUUUCAUCUUCUUCUGCUAGGUUUGUUUGUCUAUCAACAUAGAUGUUUGCAUACUAUUAGUAGUGAGUUGUUGGGGUAUUGUAGGCUGACUUUAGCUGAGGUAAUCAAACUAGGGUUAUUUUCCCUGUCUCCCUGAAAUGAUAGGAUGUGACAGACUACCUGAUCACCUAGUACAUGGUUUCUAACAUCCACCUUCCUCUACCAAGGACAAUAAUUACUAUAUUGACCCCACCAGCCCGUGCCUCCCAGCCCAUCGCCCUAUUUCCCCAGAGUCAUCACAGCCUGGAGGAAACUCAUAGAGACACAACACACCUAACCGGGAGCAACCAAAACAAUCUCUGGAACUCUGAAGCGGAUCGCGUAGUGCCAUAGUCAUAUAAAACUUUGUCAAGGGUGCACUCGGUCCCAGAGUAACCAAACAGCCAAACAGAGUCACUAAACAGAUUUACUAAAAAAUAUUUGGAAGGAUGAUAGAGGAGUUGGUGAGGCAUCGAUUACAACCUGGACUUGAGGGAGCUCCAUGUACCUUCGGAAAGCGCCUUAAUUUUAGGUGACCAGGACUUCUCACCCAGCACUGUGGAACUUUGCACUGGAUUGGAGGAUGGUUGCGGACCAGUCAAAACUUGACAUCCAGCUAAUCCGGGCUAGACAUGUCCGAUCUGAGCACUUUUUGGACUGUUUAGGGAUGCGGGCACGGAAACCUGAGUUUUUGAGUAAUAAUUUUAUUAGGCGCCAUGGUGUUUGGCCGUUGAUAGAAUUACCUGGUUAGUUACAGAUACCUAUUCGCCAGAUGUUGUGCAAUAACUAAAUGUUUUCCUGGUGACCCCUUGCUGGGGUCCCAGGUAUAAAAAAGUGUUUGUCCCAAUAAACCAGUUCUUAUUCACCAUUCACUAAGUCUUGGCUAGUGUUUUGGUGGGACAGCAAUAUUCGCUAUAAUAACUGAGCUAUAUACACUUGGGUUAAAAACACAAGGGGGAAAGCUGAUCUUGGUGGCGACAUCCUAGCUACUAGAGAAUAGGCCGCUACAUAGGGUAACUUCAUUUGUUUAUUAUAUAUAUGUUGGCUGAAAAUAUAGAGGUUAGAGCAUACCAUUAUGUAAGCUGGUGUAUAGUCUAACAAUAAAAAAUGUUAAACGGGCACUCCAUGUGCUGAAAUGUUUUGUGUGUAGUGUGUCCCUUUUUUUUUUUUUUUUUUUUACAAAUUCAACAGAAAUUGCCACUUUUAUAGCUUAACCUAGUUACACAACCCUGGCUGUCAGUGAGACAGUCUUGUUACUUCCUAGUUAGGUUAGCUCUGUGGCGCUAAACUCAAGAGGCAGCAAUUGCCCAGUGCAUCUGUCUUGUAAAGAUUUCUCUUUGAGGUGCAUUAGGAUGGGUAAUUCUGUGAUUGGACAGCCACAGAAAUUCUGGGCUGGGGAAGAAGCGGAGAAAAGAUCUGCCACUUUUGCAAGCUGUUUUUAGAGAAACUCUCACUGAAAAAAAAAAUAAUGUUUGUUUUGUUUUUUUUUGUAUAAUUUGUUUUUAAUGUACAUAAAUGGAUAAUCUAGUUACAUAGCUGAAAAGAGACUUGCGUCCAUCAAGUUCAGCCUUCCUCACAUUUCUUUUUUGCUGUUGAUCCAAAACAAGGCAAAAAACCCAGUUUGAAGCACUUCCAAUUUUGCAACAAGCUAGGAAAAAAAAAUCCUUCUUGACCCCAGAAUGGCAGUCAGAUUCAUCCUUGGAUCAAGCAGUUAUUACCCUACAUUGAAAGAUUAUAUCCUUGAAUAUUCUGUUUUUGCAAGUAUGCAUCUAGUAGCUGUUUGAACAUCUGUAUAACAUCUCUGAUAAACCACUUCUUCAGGCAGAGAAUUCCACAUCCUUAUUGUUCUUACAGUAAAAAAAUCCUUUCCUUUGCCUAAGACGAAAUCUUCUUUCUUCCAGUCUAAACGCAUGAUGCAAGUUUACAUCAAAUACAUUGACACAUAUAAGGCGAUUUGGUACAAGUAUUACAGGAUAUAUAGUUACUCUGCAGACCGUUACUCGCGUAGACCUUUCAUAAUAUGUCUUUUCACAUAGACUGUGAUGUAUACAUGAUAUACUAAAUCCUAUGUGGUUACAUGUCUGUUGUCUGGAUAUCAACUUAUCAGGGCGGAUCACCACCUGGUCACUAUGUUCCUAAGGGACCUGCAUAUGGUGUACGUGCUUGGACAAUGUAUACAUGUACAUCUGACAGAGAUAAAGCCUUCAUCCAAUUAUUCCAGUUAUUGCAAUGUAAGGUAAACAAAUAAUACAUUACAAGUGAUAGAAACACUAACACGUUCACACUGGCCACUGCACAAAUGGAAAACACUAAAAACCCUUUGCUCCAAGUGGCUCAUAAUGGCAAGUCUCAGUUGCUCUCGGUCCCACUUAUACCAGUGUCUCAUCCCAGUGGUCCCUCAGCCUCAUGUAUUCUUACUUCUUUGUUUGCCUAAACCUCUCUCUUGUCCCCCUGUUCCACCCUCUUCUUGCCUUCCCUAGCAGAGUUCCAGUGUGCUAUCCAGGGCUGCCAUAUACCCAUAUAUUUCCCGUGAAGGCCCCUGGUGGACCAGUGGAGUUCCUCUAUGCCCCUCACCUCCUCUACCCGGUUUAUCCAUUGGGCAAUGGAGAGUGGUUAAAUUUUCCGCCAUGAACCAGGUAUCAGGGCAUUCACCUCCCCUAUCAAGAACCAUACAAGUUUCUGGUUGUUUAUAAUUUUUGUUGAGUUGGGCCAACCUAGUAAUACCUGUGAGGGGAUCAUAGUUAGUAUACUUGGGGAAAAUUAUUUUAAUUACCUCUAGUACUUGUGUCCAGAAGGGGCGCACAAUCGAACACUGCCACCAUAUGUGAUAUACAGUGCCUUCUUCCCUCAUACAUCUCCAGCACCGGUCACUCACACUGGGAAAAUGUGCAUGUAGAAAUGAGGGUGUUCUGUACCACAUGUCUACCCUCUUAUAGAACAUCUCCCUAUGGGCAGUACUAAUAGACUAUUUCAUUACCUGUCCCAUAAUGUAUUCCCAGUCUUUGUGAGUUAACUGUAUUUUUAGUAUAGAGCACCAUUUUGCCCAAUAUGCUGGGGAAGUGUUCUCCUGGGAGUUUUUCUGUAUCAGGUAUUAGAAAAAUGAUAGGAGUUGGUGCAUUCUGUUACCUAAAGUGCAAGACUUCUCAAAGGGAGUUAAAUUCCUCUCUUCCAAGGUUGGUAGUAUAUGUUUCUUAAAGUAAAUGGACAGCUGAGAGUAAAGCAUUACUUCUAAUGGGCACUAUCUUUUUUCGGAUCUAUCAGAGCCGGGACCAUAGAGCCUUUUAGCACUGAUCCUAUAGUGUUACAGGUCCCCAGGACGUCUAGUCAAUUCCCCUCCGGUUCCUUGUUGGAAAUCUGGAUUGUUUGCUAUCUGGCAUAGUAGGGGCGUCCUGGGGGACAGCUCACAGGUAGUCCUGAUUUGGUGCCCAGAAAGGGGUGAGAGGGUUGCACUAUCUUAUUUAUUUGGCAAGUUUGCCAUGGUCUCCAAAGGGGCCGUGGCAAAUCCCUGUUCCAACGAUACCAGGCUCUGGGGAACUUCCUAUCCGUCCACUCUCUCAAGUGUACCAUAAGUGCCAUGAUAUAAUAGUGGUAAACAUGGGGUAAUCCCAGUCCACCUCUCUUAAGAUGCGGGGAUGUCGAGUCCGCCCAACAUAGGAUGUGAACAGGCUUUUCAUAGAAUUAAAGAAUGAACUCAGAACAUGGAUGGGUAGUGUCUGGAAAAUAUACAAUAUCUUUGGUAGAACCAUCAUCUUUAAGACACUGAUCCUCCCUGUCAUUGACAAGUUUGGGGGGUCCCACCCUAGGAGGUCCUGUUUCACUUGCUCCAGGAGGGGGGAAUAAUUUGCUCUGAAUAGGCCGGAUAGUGUCUGUGUGAUGUGUAUCCCUAAAGUCUGGAAGAUUUCAGUUUUAACUGCGUUCGGGACCCCUACACCAAGCACCUCACACUUGUCAAUGUUUAUUUUAUAGUUCGACAGGGAGCUAAACCUGUGCAGUUCUUAAACAACCUGCUGGAAUUACUGGGUGGGCUUAGUAAGUGAGACAAGUAUGUCAUCGGCAAAGGUUAAUUAUUGUUGAAUCUGAUGGCCUGGAGUACUGGUUCCAGGGAGAGGAUGAAAAGUAAAGGAUAACGGGCAUCCUUGCCGGCUGCCGUUCCCUAUCGUAAAGGGCCUUGAGUCUCUGCCGUUAACUCCUACAGUAGCGAAGGGGCCAGUAUACAAAGCCCUAGCCCAGGUGCAAUACUUCGCCCCAACCCCCAGUGCCUCCAUCGCUGCAAACAGAUAGGGCAAGUCCACCUUGUCAAACGCCUUUUCGGAAUCUAUGGAUAAUAAGGCCAGGGGUGUAUUGGAUGUUCGAGCCCCGUGCAGAUGGUUCACUAUUUUGGUUCUGAUAUCUCUCGCCUCCCUACCCGGUACAAAUCCUUUCUGAUCAGAGUAUACCAGCUCAGGCAGUAUGGGCCUGAGACGAAGUGCCAACAGCUUAGCAAAUAUUUUUAAAUCUGUGUUGAUGAGUGAUAUUGGCCUAUAGCUGGCACAUAGUAAAGUGUCCUUCCCCUGCUUAGGCAGUACUGUUAUGGAGGCCCAAAGCAUGGGUGCCAGCAGUUGUUCUAUCCCAUUGAUGGAGUUUAGGGCUUCUAACAAUUUGGUAGAGAAGUUAGUCUUUAAAGGACCACUAUAGUGCCAGGAAAACAUACUCGUUUUCCUGGCACUAUAGUGCCCGGAGGGUGCCCCCACCCUCAGGGUCCCCCUCCCGCCCGGCUCUGGAAAGGGGAAAAGGGGUUAAACUUACCUUUUUCCAGCGCUGGGCAGAGAGCUCUCCUCCUCCGAUCCUCCUCUUCUCCUCCCCGUCGGCUGAAUGCGCACGCGCGGCAAGAGCUGCGCGCGCAUUCAGCCGGUCACAUAGGAAAGCAUUCAUAAUGCUUUCCUAUGGACGCUGGCGUGCUCUCACUGUGAAAAUCACAGUGAGAAGCACGCAAGCGCCUCUAGUGGCUGUCAAUGAGACAGCCACUAGAGGAAAUAGGGGAAGGCUUAACCCAUUCAUAAACAUAGCAGUUUCUCUGAAACUGCUAUGUUUAUGAAAAAAUGGGUUAACCCUAGCUGGACCUGGCACCCAGACCACUUCAUUAAGCUGAAGUGGUCUGGGUGCCUAGAGUGGUCCUUUAACAAUUUAUAAUUGUAACCCUAAAUAGCUAAAGAUGUUCAGACUUUAACAUGCCAUCUUGUCCUAUGUCAGGGAAUUUCCCAUGAUGUGUGCACCCUUACGUUUUAGUUAUGGCCUUGUAUUUUUGCCAAGUUAAGGGAGGUCCCUAGAAUGAGCAAAAACAAAAGAAGUGUUACUUUUUCAAAUAUGAACUACGAUAACCCUAAAAUGAAGACACCUAAGGUAUAAAUAGGUGUACUUUUUGAAUAUUAGAGAACACAGCGAGGAGAGAUUUGGAGACAUCUUAUAAUGACAGACAGGCUGACAUGAUGACAUAUUCAGGAGGGUAUGUUAUUUUAUUAAUGAUAUUGCAAGCAUAUAGUUUAAUCUUAUAAACUUGGCUAUAAAUUAUUAUAAUGGAUUUUGUAUGUCUAUAUUUCUAUUUCUAUUUAAAAAAAUAUCUAAAAGACAAAACUUUAUUGCUUCCAAGACAAUCCUUAUUUUAUAUCGUACUCUCAAUUAUUUACAUAUUUUAAAUAGAGGAUCUCUUAGCCCUGCUAAGUUCUAUGCUUUAUGACAUUAUAGUGGUAUAUAGGGGAACCAGCUUAAGGGAUUCCUGGAAUGCUUGUGCCUUAUGUUUAAGCUCCUCUUGUUGUAUUUUUGUGAGAAAUAUCUGGGUCAUAGCCGCCCCCUUGCAUUUUUAAUCCUGGAGCCCCAUUUAAUUAGGAUGCCUCUUAUGACACCCGUAAGGGCUUCCCAUAUCCAUUCAGCAGUUGAAUGCUGGGUGGUAUUCUCUGUGAAGUAGUGUUGCAAACUGGUAUUGAUCUCAUCUGCUACCCUUGUGUCAUCUAGAAGCGAAUCGUUAAGGUGCCAUCUGGGAUUAGGCUGUGUGGCACCUUGUAUAGCUUUUUCUAAGUAAAUGGGUGCAUGGUCCGACCAUGUUAUAUUUCCAAUAGAAGUGUUGGCCAGCAGGUGUAAGUGUCUGUGGUUUGUGUAGAACCUAUCUAUGCGUGAGUAUGAAUUUUGCGGUGUGCGAGAAAUAGUAGUCCCUUCCCUCUGGGUGAACUGUGCACCAGCUGUCAAUGAGUUGGAGUGAGUGUAGUACUUUAUGUAAAAGGAGUCUCUGCUGUUUGAGAUGGUCCUUGUCUUGUGAGGUAGUAUCUAGUGCCUGGUCCGGAGCAGUAUUCCAGUCGCCCCCUACAAUCAGAGUCCCUUCUAUGAAUGGGUCAAGUUUGGCCAAUAUUUGUUUAAGGAAGUAGAUUUGGCUAUUGAUGGGUGCAUAAAUAUUUGUGAAUGUGAAUAAUGCAUUAUUUACAGUGUCCUUGAGAAAUAAAAAUGGACCUUGUGGGUCCGUGAUACUUUCUUUUGGGGUAAAAGCUAUAUUUGAUGAAAUUAGGACUGCCACCCCUCUGAACCUUCCCCCUACAUAGUUACUGUAGAAAGAAUGGGAGAUAUGCCUAGCUCUGAGCUCCCUUGGCUUGUGUUUCCUGUAUAAAGUGGACAUCUGUGUAGGUCUCUCAGUAGGAUAUUAUGUUCUGGUGAGUUUAGACCCCUGGUGUUAAUGGAGAUCAACUUCAAGUUGACUCCCUGCCUAUCACUGCAGACUGGCAUUAAGUAAUACCUCUAGUUUGUUUGGUUUCACGUAUCUUGGCCACUUGGAGCAUAACAAAAUCAAACUUGGGUACCGGUAAGUAUUUAACUUGCACGUCUCGGUGGUAAUCGAUAGCUUGGCAGGCAGCAUAUCGCCUGGGAGGGAAGAAGUCACUAAAUGAGUAAUAGAAUAAAAAAUUGUAAAUUUACAUGGUGAUCUUGUCCUAAGACAAUAAGUGGGUAAUUAUAAACGUUUCUUGAUAUAGAAUAGUAUGGGUUGGUCUGCCUAUGGCUUUGGAAGCGGAUCCAGCUAUAUACGAGUUGAUCUGCUGUCAGUCGGUUUAUGCUCACCUCCAAUGCCCUAUUUGCCUAAUUAGCAUAUGGAUAGAUAAAAAGGGGGGAGGGGGAGGGAAUUAAAAUAGCCCCUUGGGGGGAUUACAAGCAGACUCAACCAUAUAAAAUUUAAUAAUUUCAACAUCAACAUAAAUCAACCGCUUUGGUAGCACGAUGCUAUGGCACAGAGUGCCUAGAAAGAAUAAAGGAUAUACCCUGAGGAAGAGUUCAGGUUGGCCUUGCUAGGGUGUCCGGGCCCAAGUCUUUGGGUGCCGGAGUCGUCCUCCGCUUUUUUUCUGGACAACUUCUGCCAUCUUGCUCAUUGGGGUUGUGGAUUGCAGGUCCGUCCAGUCCUCCACACUCACGCAAGUACGUCCGCUGGGGCCAUAAUAGCGUAGAUAGAUCUUGCCUCCAUGCAUCACUGAUAGUGCGAAUGGAUAGUUCCACCUGUAUUUGAGUCCCUUGUCAUUCAGGGCCUUUGUUAUCGGCCUAAGCGCCCUGCGGGCCUGAAAGGUAGCCUGUGAUAGAUCCGGAAAGAUGAGCACUUGCUUGCCUUGGAACGAUAUCUGUGGUUAUGAUCUGGAUUGUCUUAGAAUGUGCUAUUCAAGGUGUAGUUAUGUAGGCGGCAGAUGAUAAGAGUGAGGCCUCAUGGCCCCAUGAGCUUGGUCAAAUUUGAUCCUGUGGACAUCGUAAUAUUUGGUUGAAUAGCCUCUCCAGCACCUCAAAUACAUUCUCCAAAGUUCCAUUGGGAGGCUCUUACCCGCAGGUUAUUUCUCUGCCCUCUGUUAUCCACAUCAUCUAAUUUUCUAUGGAGGUAUUGUAGUGCCUCAUUUUGUUUGAUAAAGGCCUCUUGCCACAGUGUCCAUUGUGCUGGUGUAGCCUCCCCUUCAUCCUCCAGUGUUUGUACCCACUGUCCCAGGGCCUGCACUUCAUUUCCCAUAGCGUGCAGCUUUUCCCCCACACUUGCCUCCAAUUUUUGCACCAUAGACAUAGCCAUGUCUGCUCGUGAGGGUAGUUGGAGCAAAAUAGUAUGCAGGUCCAUGUCCUCCGAUAAUAUUUUGGACCCUGCUGGGCUUCUAGGCGGCAUUUCCUGUGUUUUGCGGCUGGGCGCCAUCUUGGGCCAUCUUCCACUAUGCUCAGUUCUGUAAAAAACCUCAGGAGCUAGACUUUUUUUAUGCAGCUGGCGGAUUCGUUGGGGUGUUGCUGGAGGCUGUGCGGUGUUUUUUCGUUGCAAUACUGUUAUUUUCUGCUCAGGACACGGUUAUUGAGCCCAGGUCGCUGUGGAGCACUUCACUCACGCGUGCAUCCGCUGUGCUGGUCAAGUCAAACCCCCAAUACAUAAUGUUUUCAUUGGGUGUAUAUUUACUAAACAAUAAUUAUUUUUAUUUUUUUUUUGCAUUUUGCCAGUGGUUUAUCUUUUUAAAUAUUUUUGAGUAACUGACUUAUAGAAAAUAUAGGUAUUUGUUUAUUACCCCUUUGAUAAAUUGUAUGAAGAAUCUGCUAUUUACAACUCAAACUGAUUACAAGGAAGAAAAAUAAAUUCUCCUUUUAGCCUAAAUAUCUUUCCUCUAUUUCUAUAUUGCUCUUAUCUUACAGUUAUAUCCAUUUUGGAUGCAAUAUUUGCAUAAGAGAUAUUUCAGACAGGAACUGUUAAAUUUUAACUUAAACUUUAAAUUCACUUUGAAUUCUCACUUUAAGUAGUGAAUAUUUCUAGGCAAUACAUUCCAAUUUAUAUACAAAAUUAGCUAAAAUUAUACCUAGGCAAUGUGAAACUAUCUGAAUUAUUGGGUGGUGGUUAAGGAAUUAGCUAUUCCAAAGGGGGGGAGGGGGGGAGGUAAACCUUUUUAAUCUAUGUCCUCACUGUUGCCACUUUGAGUAACUGUUUAGUUGGUGAUGUGUUUUUUUAUGUAAUGGCUUGAUUUUAAUUUAUUCCCUGUAAAUACAAUUUCCUAUAGUGUCAAUAUUUUUUCUCCUUAGUUGGAACAAUAAAACAAUCAACAAACAAUGUUUCCUUUUUUCUCCUCAUUUGCGCUAUAUACUGUGGCUAUGGCUAGAUUGUAAUUAAAUCUUUAAUAUAUGUUUAAAAAAAUGGAGCACAACAUGAAAAUUUUCACUGCACUCUUCAAUUACUUUCCACAAUCCACUUUAACUACUAGCAUAUCUACAUGUUUCUAAGCAUCUAUCCUUUUGGAUAUUGUUGAAAUAGAAAGCAAAUUCCAUAAUGUUUUUACUAGAAAAAAAAAAACACACGCACACACACGCGCUGGCACACACACUCUCUCUCUAAUGAGAAUAUACCCUUUAACACAAUACCAGUGAACUAACAUAAUUGCUUAUUAAAAUAUAAUUGAAAAUGCAUUAUUGUAUUAUUUCAAAUAGGAUUUUGCUACACAACUGAAGAAAAUAUGUAAAUUCUUUGGACUCCAUUUGACAAAUGAACAAAUUAACAAAAUUGAAAAUAAGACUACUUUUAAAUCAAUGAAGGAAAAAUCCCAUGAAACUCAUGGUGAAUUUGGUGAUUCAAUGUUCCGAAAAGGUAAGUAUCUCAAAAAUAUAUUUUAUUGGGUCUGAUUAUUUACAACUUCCAUUGCUAUACAAAAAACAUGCAUAUUCCAAUUAAGAUAAAUCUGCAGAUAUUUUGGAGACUUUUGAAAUUAACAUUUAAUGUAUCUUAAUAAAUACAUUAACUAUGCAGAGCUUAUCUAGUAAAUUCCAAAAAUUAUUACUGGACCUCAGUUAACAGGAAUCAGAUUUGUAAAUCCCUCUGCAGAAUAUGGUUUAUAAAUAGGAAAUUAAAACAUGCCUUAGUUGCUAUACCAUUUCAUGGUAUUGUCUCAACACCAACAUGAUUUACCUUCCCAGACCCAGUUCACCUCACAGGUGGUAGUUGAAUUCAAUAAUAUAAACCCUUGCCAUGCUGUAAUUAUUUAUACCAUCUCUAUUGGGUAGUUAUUACAUGCAUCACAUUAGUUUAAGGGUUUCUCCAACCACCAUAACCACUUUCUCUUUUUGUAGUGGUCAUGGAGGUAGGAGUCUGGAUGUGGAGUGGUUCUGCUUGGAACAUUGCAAAUCCAGAGUCAUUUGCAAUUGUAUUCCGGGGCUUGUUACACCCUCGGCACACUUGAAUGUGAAUUCUGUGCAUAUAUUCUGACUCUAUAUAUUUCUCCUUUCCCUCCCCACUCCCUUUGCCUUCAACAGUUCAGAGCGGCACUUGCACUCUGAGGCAGUUCAAUGGUCUGAUCUAAAGCUUCUCUAUAAGAAGUCUUUGAUUGCACCUCCACUUGGCUCCUGUAAUGUCACAAAGCAUAAAACCUAGUUAAAAUGGAAAUAAUGUUAUCUCUGAUCUAUUUUUCCUGCCCUUAAAGGGGAGAUAGGGGACUGGAGGAGCCUUUUCACUGAAGAACAGAGCAGAGAGAUGGACGCAAAGUUUGAGGAACGUCUUGCAGGAACGAAAGUGGGAAAGAAGCUAAAUUAUAAUAAAUACUGCAAGUUCUAGAAUUAUUCAAACACCAGCGUGUAAUGAUUUUGCUUACUGCCUUAGUAAAGAUACCACACUAAAUUAUGUUAUCUUAUUUUACUGCUUUAGAGUUGCAUUCACAGUUUACAAAUAAUCCCUCAAUUACAGACCAUAAAUAAUUACCUUUAAAAUCCACAUAUUUCUCAAUUAAUAAUUAACCUAAUAAUGUUUAGCUUAUUGGAAAAUUAACCAAAUAAAGAUUCAUUCUUACUAUUUUCACACCUCUGCAUUGGAUUUUAUUUUUAAAUUUUUUGUGCUCAUUCUAAUACUUUGAUAUUUGAAUUCAGCCCCAUUUAAUAAUAACUCAUGCCAUAAGGUGCAAAUAAAACUCCAUACGGAAAGUGUUAUAUUUUAUCUUUUAUGUGUGGACACGUACUGCCCACCAAAACAGAAACAGCGACACUGCACGGCACAAUAGAACCUUGAUUUAACCUGUAAAACUGCUUAUCUUCUGUAUUAUGCAAUGUUAGCCUCAAUCACUAUUGGCCCCUGCGCGAGCCACUGUAUACUGCAAUGCCGUAAUAUGUGUCGAACCAAAAAUAAAGAAUUUAAAAAAAACAAAAAAAAAACUCCACACGGAAUACUAUUUUACAUCGUUAAAUGUUGUUAUGAUGAAUCAAAGACUAACAACCUGGUACAUUGUAGGGACAUCAGAUACUUAGUUUUGCACAUGACCCUCCCCUGUUCUCGGAAGACCCCUCCCAUUAAUGUACCCUAGAUAAGUUUUAUAUUACUAAAUUGUUAUAUGCCCAUUUCAUGCCGUUUGCACAAGCCUAUUCAGGUUGUUUGUUAAUAGUUGUCAAUAUUUGAUUGGUAAUUAAUGAUACUCCCCCUAGACAUCCCCUUAUUUUGUUUGCCUUCUAAACUUUGCUCUGUUUAAAAAACAUCAGACAUUUCUGAACUGAA